GAGGCCUCAGCCGGCCAUGGGCACGCCGAGCCUGUCCAGUAACCUGGGCGACCUGGACCUCGUCGCCAGCGCCCGCUCCGGGCUGUCUCAGCGCACGGGGCACCUCGGUGGCCCGGACGGGCUCGCGCUCGCCGCCGAGGAGCUGCACGCGCGGCCCGCGCGUGUCCCCGGAAGAGCCUGACGCCGUCGCGAAGUUGCCGGCGUUGAACCUCAACAUGGUGGACGCCGUCGCGAGGCUGGACGACAACGAAGACAAGAGGCACCUGAUGCGGCCUAGCGAGCUGAAGCAGAUGGAGCUCAUGAAGUACCAGGAGCAGUGCUCGGAGAUUGUGCCCAAGCAGGUCUACAUCUCGAGCUACGUUGUUGCCUGCAAUUUGGCUAUUCUGCAGAGACACGAGAUAACUCACAUCCUCAACCUCGCGGCGGACGUUUGUGAGAGCCGGUUCCAAGACAAAUUCAAGUACGCCACGUACUACUGCAAGGACGUGUCCAGCGAGGACAUAUCCAUGCUGUUCUACAGGACGUUGGAGUGGAUGCAGGUCGCCAAGCCGAGGUGCUGGUGCAUUGCAGAGAGGGGGUCAGCAGGUCCGCGACGAUGGUCAUCGCGUACCUCAUGUGGACCAACCACUUGCCUUUCAAGGAGGCGCACGAGAUCAUCAGACGAGUGCGGCCGAUUUGUAAUCCCAAUCCAGG